AGUACACAAAUGUACACAUGUGUAUAUACUCUACAUAACCACUUAUAUGUAUAUAAAGUAGCUCAUUACAUUACCCAUUCAAUAUUUAUUCAACACUCUCUGCACUCUUACACACCUUUUACAUGUUAAACAGUUUCUGUAAACUGUUUAACAUGUAUAUAUUUACAUAAACCACAGUCAGAUUUCUUGUAUUCAUGAACAUACUUGGCCAAUAAAGCUGACUUUACAAAAAUAUGAAGCCUCCAAAUGUCCCUUUUUGGAAAUCUGCCCGGACUUUUUCAUGUAUAAAUCACCAUAGACGUGUCACACUGUGUGCUAUCUUCUUCAAAUGUGAGGCAGGUAUUUAGUUUGCAGCCACAUUCUGCCCUCGACCUUUACAGACAUAACCGCAGGCAGUUAUUUAGGCUGAAAACAUUUUUAUUUUAAGCAGACAAAAUUUCUAAAAUUUUUACUGACUUCAAAGACCAGCUGCUCUGUUUCUGUAUCGGCUGAAGUGUUUCUGACACUCCUCAUGAGAAACUUUGGGAGGUUUCUUUCCUGGGAAUUGCCAAGAUCUCCCUCAGCUUGCUGCUGUUCCUCAACAACCAGGUUUCUACCAGCACAGCUGCCAGGAGCCCCAGGUGCAUCAGCAUGAAAGCAUUUAACAACGGUGUUGGAAACUUUUGGAGACUGUACUGGAACAAGUUAAGUGUCUCCAAAAACCUGCUGUCACUGCAGUCCACACGCACGUGCGAGCAGGUGGCCAAAGAGAUGCACGGCGAGCAGAACAACCGGGCCCUGUCCCCGUGGGAAUACAGCAUAGACCGAGACGACAGCAGGUUCCCUCAUGAGAUCGCCGUUGCAAAGUGCCUCUGCAAGGGCUGCAUCAUCAACCGGAGAGAAAACCAUAGCUACAACUCUGUGCCUGUGCGUGCUCCACUGACGGUGCUGAUGAAGACUCCGUGCCCGAGUGACCCAGAUAAAUAUGUGCUCAGAAAGAAUGUUAUAGUGAUCUAUGUGGCCUGCACUUGUGUUUCACCCAUGUAAACUACAGAUGAGGCUGAAAUUAUUGGUACCUCUCUCUCUCUCAUGGCGCCAGUUUUAUCUUCUUUUUGGCAGCUGUCAUUCUCAUUUUAAUUUGAUUUUUCAUUAUAUAUUGUAUAUAGCGGCUUACCCGGGAGCUGCUGCGGCCAUUCCUUUCUUUUGUCGUUAUCGUUUGCUUAUUCUCAGCUUUGCUUAGUUUAGUUAAUUCAUUUGGUUUUUUUUUACUUCAUAGCUUAUAUAAUGAUUCAUAUUAAUAAUAUUGUUUUCCUAGGUUAUUUUGUUGAUUUGUUUUUCUUUUUUUUUUGUUGUACAAGUACAGGGCUUUCGUUUUUAUGCCCUGUAAUGAAUAUUGUUUGGUAUUGUGUUUGUGUUUAUUUAGUUUAGUUUUGUUUGUUGGUUUAUUCUUUUCUCUUUUUUUCUUGUUUUGUUGCACCGCUGGCAGGAAUCGGUGUUCAGAGUUUCAACAUUAGGGCAACUGUAUGGUGGUUUUGUUUAUUUGGUUGAACACUUUAUUGAUUUUUGUAUCCCUUUUUAUUUUUUUCGGGAGCUGAGCGCCCACGGUGGUGGAGUUGGUGACUGUAGGUGAUGGUUCCUUCUUUUUCCUGUGUGUUGUGUUUAACUGAGCGUCCCUGAGUUUGACCCUUCACCAGUGUGUGUGUGUGUGUGGAUGUGGAUGUGUGUACACGUGUGAUUCGGGGUGACUCUCUCCUGGUCACCUCUCCUACCUCCCCUCCACUGGUAAGCCUCGGCCCUGAAUAAUUCCACUGCCCUUCUUUUUAACACCUGUGUGGUCAGUACGCUUAAUAAUUGUGUUUGUUUUUUUUUACUAAAUUUUGAUAUUGUUAAAAUAAAGAAUUGAUGGUUGGAACCACGUCUCUCACUUCUUGGUGUAACGAACCUGAUUGCCUUUUUGGGUUAUUGGUACUGAUCUGAGGUAACAUUUGU